AUGUCGUACAAUUACGCUAACUACGGUAGACAUAACUCCAUUGGUGGAAAUUGGCAUCUUCCACCACCACUGGGUUACCCGCAUCUGAAUCAAGACCAAGGCCCCUUCAAUAGUACUCAACUGCCACAUCAACAACAACAAGGACUACUGCCUCAACAAAGUCCUCAACUACAAUUGGGUCUGCCGCAACAACAACAACAAGCAGCAGCAGCCCCCGGGUUUAGAAACCCAUGGUUUGUUUCCGCUGCCGCUAAUAAUGGUGCCAAUGGUCCUCCGCUUGGUCUUGGUGGAAUAGCACCUUCCGGUUCUGGGUCCAAUAGAAGUAUCAUGAUGAGUCAACUGCCAACCAAGCUUCAGCCUGGCGUUCCUCUAUUGCAACAGCAUCAACAACAUGCUAAGAGAAUGUCGUUUGCUAAUCAGUUACCUACGACUUAUGAAUACGAAGAUCAAGAACGACAAAAGGCAAAUGCUCCUUAUAUCCAUCCGCCGACUCGUGUAUCGAAUCCCUUCAACCACUAUUACGAGAACCAAGGCAUUAGCUUGGAGCUGAAAGAUGUUUCUCAAGACCGAAGAAUGAGUGUUGCUGGUGACGGAACAUAUUAUGCCAACUCAUCAAUGGACCCCUUUGGUCAACGUCAAGAGCAAGAACAACAGCAGCAUCAACAACAACAUCAACAACUUCAUAAUUAUCCAGGAAAUGCCUACUAUGGGCUUAACAUGGAUAAUAUGGAUAUGAGUAAUGCUACUACUACUACUAAUAAUAAUAAUAAUAUUAAUAAUAACCAUUUCCCGGGACAUGGAAGGUUUGCACAAGCUCAAGCUCAAGGUGGACCGUUGGCUAGAAGAUCGUCUGUAGCCGUGGGUGCCUUCCAACCAGCCAAAUAUGAGCCUCAGACCCACUAUUUCAACCCAGUUAGACACGGAAGACAAGGUCUGGUGGUUCAAUUCCAAAAAUACCAACAAGCAAUGGUAGAUCAACAACAGGUGGGUUCAAAGAGACAAAUCGCCCCUAGAAUGACAAAGGUAAGCAAUUUGAACAGUUUAAGACCUCGGAUUCAUAAGCAACCAAAAUACAGACGUUGUUCUGUGGAUUCUAUUCACAUUUCUCCAGCUAAUGCAUUGACAAUAUAUCUAACGGAGACUUACAGCAUAUGUCAACCCAAAUUAUUCCAAUACUCGAAGGCAACGAACCCCAAGAGAGUUCUUACUAAACCACUGGAACCCAAGUACAACAAUGGCUAUGAUAAUGAAGAUAGUGAUUAUAUUUUGCAUGUUAAUGAUGUUUUGGGAACUCAAGAAGGUCGGAAGUAUAUUGUUUUGGAUCUUCUAGGACUGGGGACGUUUGGACAAGUAGUCAAGUGUCAGAAUUUGGCCAACCAAUCAGUAUGUGCUGUUAAAGUGAUUAAGUCCAAACCAGCAUAUAUGAACCAAUCGUUAACAGAAGUUCGUCUACUUCAAUUUUUGAAUAAGAAUAGUGAUGGGAAGUUGUUUAUUCGAUUAUUGGAUACUUUUAUGCAUAAGGAGCAUUUAUGUUUGGUAUUUGAAAUAUUGGCAUCGAAUUUAUAUGAAUUGAUUAAGCAAAACCAAUUCCAAGGACUAAACAUGAAGCUUGUGAAGCUCUUGACAAGACAACUAUUGGAGUCAGUUGCUCAAUUAAAAACGUUCCAAAUGAUUCAUUGUGACUUGAAGCCAGAGAACAUCUUAUUGUGUCAACCAGAUAAACCCGACAUCAAGGUUAUUGAUUUUGGAUCUGCUUGCUUCUCAAGACAAACAAUAUAUUCAUACAUUCAAUCUCGUUUUUAUAGAUCACCAGAAGUUAUAUUGGGUUUACCGUACACUGAGUCUAUUGAUAUGUGGUCUGUGGGUUGUAUAGUUGGAGAGUUGUUUCUUGGACUACCAAUGUUCCCUGGUACUUCUGAAUAUAAUCAAAUGUGGAAGAUUGUGGAUAUGCUUGGGUUCCCUCCAAGACAUAUGAUUGAAGUUGGACGGAACUCUCUUCAUUAUUUCCAGAAAGUUCCAUCUACAACCCCCAAUGGAAAACCAGAGUAUACCAUCAAAUCGUUUGAUAAAUAUGUUCAAUAUUUAAGAUCGACAGGGAAAGGAGCUCAAGCAGAUGCAGAGAAACCAAACAAAGAAUAUUUCAAUCAACAUUCAUUGAAAGAUAUUAUAAUGAACUAUUCAAUGCACCAAAAGAAAAUGACCAGCUCAAUGAUUGAAAAGGAAUGUUCGGAAAGAUUGGUCUUGGUGGACUUUCUUCUGAAGGUGUUGAAUCUUAAUCCUUUAAAGAGAUUGACUCCACUGGAAGCACUUAAACAUCCAUUUGUUGCUGACGUUAAGUUUAGAUAA